UGUUGACGACAAUUAUCACUACUGCAAUGGAGAGGCCGCCUGUGACACUGCGCAAUUUCGAGGAGUCCGAUGUCGACGAUUUCAUGGAGUGGGCAACGGACGAGGAGGUGUACCGUUACUCCGUGCGGGACACUUUUAAAUCGAGGGAAGAGGCGGAAGACUACAUAAAAAAUGUAGCCAUUGGGCAUCCCUGGUGGAAGGCUAUUUGCGUGGAGGGCAGAGCUGUGGGCGCAAUUUCCCUCUACAGAGCCCUCGGCAAUUCCUCCUGCAGAGCGGAGGUUGGAUACAUGGUGGCUCGCAAGUGGUGGGGAAAAGGGGUCGCUUCCCAAGCCGUAAACUUGUGUCUCUCCACCGCCUUCACUGACCUCCCAGAUUUGGAGCGGAUCGAAGCUCUGGUGGAGCCCGAAAACGUGGGGUCUCAGAAAGUCUUGGAGAAGGCCGGAUUUGUCAAGGAAGCCCUGUUCCGCAAAUAUUGUAUAGCCAAGGGGAAAACCAGGGACUUUUAUAGUUACAGGUUUCUCUCUGAGGAUUUGCCCCCGUCUAUGUAGUUGAUGUUUUGUGGGUGUGUCAGCUCUUUUAAGGUUUUAAGUGGGACUGUUGCAUUGCAGAGCAUUGGGAGGGUUUCUGCGCAGUCCCAGAGACGGCACACUUUUUGCAAUUAAAUAUUUUAUCAGCGUGUUAAAUCUUAAUGAGUCAUCCAGACUUGGGCUAAUUAUAUAGGAAAACUGUCUUUACUGAGA